AUGCCGGCGGCGGCGGGGGACGGGCUGCUGGGGGAGCCGGCGGCGCCCGGGGGUGGCGGCGGCGCGGAGGACGCUGCCAGGCCGGCGGCGGCCUGCGAGGGAAGUUUCCUGCCGGCCUGGGUGAGCGGCGUGCCCCGCGAGCGGCUCCGCGACUUCCAGCACCACAAGCGCGUGGGCAACUACCUCAUCGGCAGCAGGAAGCUGGGCGAGGGCUCCUUCGCCAAGGUGCGCGAGGGGCUGCACGUGCUGACCGGAGAGAAGGUGGCCAUAAAAGUCAUCGAUAAGAAGAGAGCCAAAAAGGACACCUAUGUCACCAAAAACCUGCGGCGAGAGGGGCAGAUUCAGCAGAUGAUCCGCCACCCCAACAUCACACAGCUCCUUGACAUCUUAGAGACGGAAAACAGCUACUACCUGGUCAUGGAGCUGUGCCCGGGGGGCAACCUGAUGCACAAGAUAUACGAGAAGAAGCGGCUGGAGGAGGCCGAAGCCCGCAGAUACAUCAGGCAGCUCAUCUCUGCCGUGGAGCACCUGCACCGGGCUGGGGUGGUCCACAGAGACUUGAAGAUAGAAAAUUUGCUACUAGAUGAAGACAAUAAUAUCAAGCUGAUUGACUUUGGUUUGAGCAACUGUGCGGGGAUCCUGGGUUACUCCGACCCGUUCAGCACACAGUGUGGCAGCCCUGCCUAUGCUGCCCCCGAGCUGCUCGCCAGGAAGAAGUAUGGCCCCAAAAUCGACGUCUGGUCCAUAGGCGUGAACAUGUAUGCCAUGCUGACUGGGACGCUGCCCUUCACCGUGGAGCCGUUCAGCCUUCGGGCUUUGUACCAGAAGAUGGUGGACAAGGAAAUGAACCCCCUCCCCACGCAGCUCUCCACAGGAGCCAUCAAUUUCCUGCGCUCUCUCCUGGAACCAGACCCUGUGAAGAGGCCAAAUAUUCAGCAAGCACUGGCGAAUCGCUGGCUUAAUGAGAAUUACACAGGCAAAGUGCCCUGUAACGUCACUUAUCCCAACAGGAUUUCCCUGGAAGACCUGAGCCCCAGCGUGGUGCUGCACAUGACCGAGAAGCUGGGCUACAAGAACAGCGACGUGAUCAACACUGUGCUCUCCAACCGCGCCUGCCACAUCCUCGCCAUCUACUUCCUCCUCAACAAGAAACUCGAGCGCUAUUUGUCAGGGAAAUCUGACAUCCAGGACAGCGUCUGCUACAAGACCCAGCUCUACCAGAUAGAAAAAUGCAGGGCUACCAAGGAGCCCUAUGAGGCCUCCCUGGACACCUGGACGAGAGACCUUGAAUUCCAUGCUGUGCAGGAUAAAAAGCCCAAAGAACAAGAAAAAAGAGGAGACUUUCUUCAUCGACCGUUCUCCAAGAAGCUGGACAAGAACCUGCCCUCACACAAGCAGCCCUCGUCCUCGCUCAUCACGCAGCUGCAGAACACCAAAGCCCUGCUGAAGGACCGCAAGGCCUCCAAGCCCGCCCUCCCUGACAAAGAUUCCUUCGGCUGCCGAAAUAUCUUCCGCAAAACCUCCGAUUCCAAUUGCGUGGCUUCUUCUUCCAUGGAAUUCAUCCCUGUCCCACCCCCCAGGACCCCCAGGAUAGUAAAGAAACUGGAGCCCCACCAGCAAGGGCCCGGGAGCACGGGCGUCCCCACCAAGGAAGACCCCCUGAUGCUGGACAUGGUGCGCUCCUUCGAGUCUGUCGACCGCGAUGACCACAUAGAACUGCUGUCCCCCUCUCAUCACUAUAGGAUUCUGAACUCCCCGGUGAGCUUGGCUCGCAGAAAUUCCGGCGAGAGGACACUGUCACCGGGGCUGCCGUCCGGAAGCACGUCACCUCUCCACACUCCUUUGCAUCCCACUCUGGUCUCCUUCGCUCAUGAAGAUAAGAACAGCCCCCCCAAAGAGGAAGGUGUGUGCUCCCCACCUCCGGUUCCCAGCAGCGGCCCCACGCAGCCUCUGGGGAGCCCGAACUGCGUGAAAAGCCGAGGCAGGUUCCCCAUGAUGGGCGUCGGGCAGAUGUUGAGGAAGCGGCAUCAGAGCCUGCAGCCGUCUGUGGACAGGCCCCUGGAAGCCGGCCUGCCCCCGCUGCAGCCGGCAGCCCCCGCGAGCCUGUCCUUUGACGUGGCCGAUGGGCUCAAGGGCCAGUGCUGA